GAGACUGUCAGUGCCAUUGACAAAGAUGACCCAAUUAAUGGACACGUUUUCAUCUAUAGACUGGCAUCAAACAAUCCAAAUUUUACAAUAAAAAACAAUAUAGACAAUUCCAUAAGCAUUCUAACAAAGCACAACACCUUCCAGCGGCAAAAACAAGAAAUGUACCUCCUACCCAUUAUCAUCAAUGACAAUGGAAACCCUCCAAUGAGCAGUACUAACACACUUACUAUACAAGUGUGUAGCUGCAGCAAGGAUGGCGCCAUCCAGUCCUGCAACGUGGAGGCCUUUAUGCUGCCUAUUCGACUAAGCAUGGGAGCCUUGAUUGCUAUUCUUCUCUGUGUGAUCUUAUUUUUAGUCAUAGUUGUGCUUUACGUGACACUCCGUAGCCAUAAAAAUGAAACGCUGAUUGUUAAAGAUGAAGACGAUGUCAGAGAGAACAUUAUCCGAUAUGAUGACGAGGGUGGCGGUGAAGAAGACACGGAGGCCUUUGACAUUGCCACUCUGCAGAAUCCCGAUGGGAUCAUCAGCUAUCUGCCAAGAAAGGAUAUCAAACCAGACCUACAGUUCAUUCCCCGGCAGGGUCAAGAAUCUGGUUCCAAUGGUGUCGACAUUGAUGCAUUCAUCAGCACGCGGCUUCAUGAGGCAGACAAUGACCCUACAGCGCCCCCUUAUGACUCCAUCCAGGUCUAUGGUUACGAAGGGAGGGCCUCUAUUGUUGGCUCAUUAAGCUCCUUGGAAACAGCUUCUGCAGACUCAGAACAGAAUUACGACUACCUCAGAGAGUGGGGUCCGCACUUCAGAAUACUGGGAAAGCUCUACCUGAUGUCAGACAAUGAAAAAGACACUUGACUUGGGAUCUUUGAGGAUCACAGGUUUGUUUAUGUAGUUGUUGUACCAGAUUUAAUAGGAUAAGAAACAGAAAAAGAAAAAAAUAAACAUUCUAAUGUUUUGUGAAAAGUAUCACAUUCAUAAUCUUAAAAAUCCAAUACAUUUUAAUAUUAAAGCAAACUGAAUGUGUUUUAGGAGGUUUAUGAUUCUUGUGGUUUGUAAAUUUAGAAUCUGUGGAGUGUCUACACUUAAUGUUCAUUAUGGCCGGCAAAAGUUUGAGGACCUAGAUGCUUCUUCAUCUGGUUGAGGAUAGAUAUCGGCAGUGUGGUAUAUCAUCUGCUGGGAGGUACGGAACUGUGAGUUUCACAGGAGAACCUAAGGAACAUUAUUUAAAAAAAUAAAAAAAUUAACAAUAUAACAAGCAAAAAACAGCAAAAUUUCACUUUCAUUGAAAUGCAUAUGAUAUAAAGAAUAAUAAUUAUGCUGGAUUUAAUAAACGUAAUGUAAGGUAUAAUUUCAUAUUGUAAUAAGCAGCAUAUUUGUUAAACUGGAAAAGCUGUUUGGCUUUCUUUAUAGAAUAGUUUGUAUUCACCUAUUAUGAGUGUGUUUUGCACAUGAAAAGUGUUGCCUAUAUUGAGUAAAUGUAACUAUUAUCAGUAUAAAGGAAAAAAUGAGGCCUUUUUUUGUAAACAACCAAGCUACUUUUUCUCUUGAGAAAAAAACAUAAUAGUAGUAAUUUGUUGUUUUUUUUGCUGACUUCAAUAGACUGGAUGUUUCUUUUAAUCUGAUUGAAUUUGCAAAUGGUUAGAGUUACAUGCAGUAAUAUUAAUUAAGCACAAAAUGUGAAAUAUGGUUCUGUUAUAAGAAACCUGUACAUUCAAUAAUUAAUGCAUGAAACACGUGGUAAAUAAUUGAAUAUGUAAUGUUACAAUCCAAUACAUACUUAUUGGCCUGUAUUAUAGUAGACAAAUGACAUGUGAAUUUCCUCUUUGCUUUUAUUAGGUUUUGUUUUUCUAACGUACAUGAAAUACUGAAGCUGUAUGUAAACUCACUUUACACUGAUGCAUCUUCUUACAAUUGCAUUAGACCUUUAUAUAUGUUCCUGAUGUUUUGUGUUUAACCUAAAAAUUAGUAUUAUUAAUGAUAUAAUCUAUGUAUUGCAAU